GAGAGCCAAAGCAUGAAAGUAUCUGUUUAAUACUCAUUUAUCAGCAAUGGAUUCAUUUGGAAGGCAGCCCCAUCUUAAGGCCAAAAGGAAAGCUACUGUUAGAGACAUUUGUCCCCCUCUUCUGUUACCCCUGACAAAAGCUGACAUCAAGCCAGGUUCAGAUAAUGAGAGGGUUGGGGUGGUAAGAGACUCCAUGCUGCAGAACCACCUCAUUCUAAAGCCUGAGCUAGGAAGGACACGCAGAAUACGUUCAAAGCUUCCUGGGUCGGCUUAUGUGUAUGGAUUAACCCUGCGAGGGACAGAUGGAGGAGUUCCUGAAGCCAUUGGCCACUGGCAGGUGAUGGUUUCCUCUAUCACCAAGCAAGAAAAGAAGCCAAAGGACUUUAUAGCCCUGAACUAUAAAGGAAUUAAGUCUGGCCUGAUAACUGCAAAAGAACUUUGCCGGUAUCACCAGGCCCAUGAUAUAUGCAUACAGGAACACGAUUACAAGAGGUUUCCAAAAGAUCCACCUCGUCUUCCUGAUGCGAUGACCUAUGGGAUGCCAAAUCGUACUCCUACACCUAUUGUAGAUGUUCUUCAGCACAAGUUCAAAGACUUGUGGGUGCAGGAACAGAAAAAUGCUCGCUUGGCUCAUGAACAGACAAAGAAGCUUCAAGAGAAAAGACUCAAGAAAGGGUAUGAUACAUUUGCUGUCAUGAUAAGAAGACAUCAAAUACCAGUAAAGCUGGAUCCCUUGUGGCAUCUGCCAAGAUUUGGGAAAACAGUUGCCCAUCUGGACACCUUCCCCACUCGAGUAGAUCGUGUGAAUGCUUUCAAAGCCCAAGAAGAAGAAGUGCCAGUUCGACGUGGAAAACUUGCUCGAGGCAUUUAUACACAUCUAUAGGACUCAGGUUUAUAAAACCAGUACAACUUGUAC